UUAUAUUCAGUUUAUAAGAGUAGAAACUAGCGAAUAGCGAACCAACACUACAAAAAACCGAAGUCACAUACUUGUAUCGUAUCGUUUCGACUCGAGGGUGUGAAUUGUACAAAUUCAGACAACUUAAUCAGUGCUUGCAUUGAAUACACAGCGUAACAAACGAACAUUAACCAAUUUCAUUGAACGCACCGAAAAAAAGAGACAGCGCAAAAGAAACAAGACAUUUAAUUUUUUUUUGUUCAUUGAUACAUUUCAAGUGAAAUCAUCAACGAAGAUAAACUGCACUGAAAGUAAAAUUAUGUAACGCACAUAUCGAAAAUUGGAUGCAUUUGUGGAUUACAACAAAAAUAAUAAUAAAAUAUAUAUAUAAAAAAAAUAGAUACCAAGAAAUCGAUACAUUCGCAGAAGAAGAGAUAAAAAAGUUUCGAGAAGUGAGAAAAAGAAAACCACAACGCAUUUAUUGUGAAUAUUGAAUACGUGCACUGCGUUUAAUAUACGUAUAUUUAGUGUAUGGUAAAUGGAAAUAUGUGCAUGGGUUUGUUAGUGUUUGUGACUUGUGCACAUAUCGUACGUUCGUUUUCUCAAGUGUACAAAUUAAGCGACAAUGCGCCAUAUUAGAUGCUCGAUUAAGAAGAAUUAUUUUGCUGUCCUCUUUCGAUGCUGAAGAAUUUCGUAAUUGUUUAUUAAAGAGAGAUACGGGUGCUGAUAUCGCUGACUUAUUUUUUUUUUUCUGUUUGGAGCACAAUUUAAAACAGGGGCACAGACACACAGAUACAAAUAUUUCAAUGGUAAUCGCCAUGCAGAUUUUUGACGUCAUUGCAUAGGUUGAAUAACAACAGUCAAUUAGAGAAGGGCAAGAGGUAGAAAGAAAGGAAAAAAGAUUAGAGUAAGAGUGAGUGAGAACCAAUCAAAAUGGCAAUACAUACGUUUGACGCACAUGAUCGUAAUAGCUGGUAUUUUGGUGCAAUGUCACGUCAGGAUGCAAACGAGUUGUUGAUACAAGAGCGUGAUAAUGGUGUGUUUUUGGUGCGCGAUAGUAAUACAAUAACAGGAGAUUAUGUGCUAUGUGUCAAAGAAAAUACAAAAGUGAGUCAUUAUAUCAUCAAUAAAAUUCAACAACAUGCGCCAACAUUACAAACAGUGUAUCGCAUUGGCGAUCAUUCGUUCGUCGAUUUGCCCGAAUUAUUGGAUUUUUAUAAAAUUCAUUAUUUGGAUACAACUGUGUUAAUACGUCCGGUGCAACGAAAAACGGAACGAGUGAUAGCGAAAUUUGAUUUCGAUGGAAGUGAUGCCGAUGAUCUGCCAUUUAGGAAAGGUGAAAUUUUGUAUAUUGUUAGCAAAGAUGAAGAACAAUGGUGGACGGCACGCAAUUCACUCGGUCAUACUGGCCAAAUUCCAGUACCAUAUGUGCAAAAAUACGAUGACACACAAUUAAAUAGCUGCACCAAUACAUUGGAACGGUCGAUAAACAAUGGUGCCGGCAAUAUAAUGAACAACACAGGCAAAUCUAGUCCACAUCAGUCUGAUAAUACACUCAAGAAAUCAAAUCUAAAUCGAAAACUACCAGCGCUAGCGCGAGUUAAACAAGCCCGUGUACCAAAUGCAUAUGAUAAAACAGCUCUUAAGCUCGAAGUUGGCGAUGUUAUUACCGUUACUAAAACAAACAUUAACGGUCAAUGGGAAGGUGAGCUGCGAGGAAAAUCUGGCCAUUUUCCAUUUACACAUGUCGAAUUCAUUGAACAAGACCAUCAUCAUCAUCAUCAUCACAACGCCUCCGAUGAAUGGAACACAACCGAGUAGGACCAAAGUACAGAUACAUAUAUAACAACAACAACAAAACACACACACAAAAACAAAUGAUAUUCUUUCAUUCGUAUUAAUUAUUUACUCUUAAUUUAACUAAGCUAUUUGAAACUCUGAAGAAUUGAUUAUUAUUAACACAAAUGAAUCUAAAAAACAACAAACACACCCAGUGAAAAUGAAUAAAUAAAAAAAAACACACACAAAUUGUAUGUAAUUAUGCAUUUACUUGCGCAACGAUGUUAGAGCCCUAAGUUAGCGGGAAGAAACUAUUUUUUUGCGCAGCUAAAUGAACUUGUAGAGAGCACCUAGGGUGCGUUUAAUAUUAAGAAAUGUAUAUUUAUGAUAUAAAAAAAAUAUGAAAAAUUGGAACAAAUAGAAACAAAAACUCAGUCACUUCAUCCUGUAAAGUCAACUCUGGAACAGCCUAAAUAAACAUUUUACGUGUGUGUGAUCUCUUUACCACACCGUU